UAGAUAUAUAAGAGAGACGCUAAGUGACUUAUGUAAACAAUAAGUGAAUAAAUAUCAUUAAAUAUUAAUCAAUCUUGCAAAUAUUAUUAUCAUCAUUAAUAUAUAGUGUAGUACCCUCUAACAACUACAAACAACCAUCAGGUGUUAUUUACAAGCCCAGAAUAACUUAAAAUGUCGUCACGAAAGUGCAAAUACGAUGCUGAUGCAUUUUGUUUUAUAUGUGGUCAAUUUAUUAAAGUUCGAGACGUGAAAUAUGAACUAAAGACAUCUCCUGUACGGAAUCAAGAUAAGCCAUGGGCUCCACAUGUUGCUUGUAGUUAUUGUAAAAGGUGUUUGGAAGGUUGGUAUCGAGGUGAGAAAAGGUCUAUGAAAUUUGCAAUACCAAGGAUUUGGCGAGAACCAAAAGACCAUAUUACUGACUGCUACUUUUGUAUGGUGAAUCCGAGUAAAAGACGUAGAGGUAAAAAUGCAAAACCUAUUGAAUAUCCUGACCUCGAAUCUUCUUCUGCUCCAAUUGCUCACGACCUGACACGACCAGUACCUGAGCCACCAAAAAAAUUAUCGCAGAAAAGUAGCUCAUCUUUUAGUUCUUAUAAAAGUAAUUCCGAUAAGGAGUUUUUGCCUACACCUGAACAACCAAAACACUAUCUCAUUACUUCAGAAGAUUUUAACGAUCUAAUUAGAGAUUUAAAUUUGCCAAAAAAUAAAGCAGAGCUUCUAGGCUCUCGGUUAAAACAGUGGAAUUUGCUUGAUGAUGUUAAGAUCACGGAUCAGCGGACUAGGCAUGAAAUGUUUGCAACAUUUUUCACGAAGGAAGAUGGACUUUGUUUUUGUAAUGACAUUAAAGGAAAUAAUAAAGCUGAAAACUACGAAAAGUUGGUUGAGGAUAUGCUUACAAAUUUUAAGGCCAUGGGCUGCAGGAUGUCAUUAAAAGUACAUAUGCUGCAUGCUCAUUUGGAUAAAUUUAAAAACAAUAUGGGAGCCUAUUCCGAAGAGCAAGGAGAACGUUUCCAUCAGGACAUCAUGAAUUUUGAACAACGCUAUCAAGGCCAAUACAAUGAAAACAUGAUGGGCGACUAUAUUUGGGGUUUAUUGAGAGAAAGUAGCUAUGAACAUAAAAGAAAAAGUAAAAGUGUGCACUUUUAAGUUAUUUUCCACUUUUCUGUAAGCUAAUUUGAUAGUAAAACUUAAUAAAAUAAAAAACAUUUUUAUUUCAA